CCCAAAUCGAGUGAUCAAGACAUUUUAUUAUGUUUUCCUCGUACAGUAAUGCUGUUUAUUUGUUUUUGACAGGUAUUACAUUCACCAACCUUGAUGUUAACACUUGUAAGAAUCGUCAACUUGGAGUUCGUCUUUUUAACCAUCCGCGUUUUAUUCAUUUAGUCAUUUCACAACUAAUAAUCCCGUACAAUCACAUCUCCAAUAUAUUUUACUCCGAGAAAAUUCGGUUUGUUUAGGAAAAGCUAUUUUGAUAAUGGAGAUGAAAGACAAUCCCCCAAAACCUUUUGUGUUUCCAGUUAUGAAAAAGACAAUCGAAGAUCUUUUUACUAAGUCAAGGAUCACGAAAAAUGAUAUUGAAGCCUUCCAAGACAAAUAUUGGGAACAACUUGUUCCAAAUUUCAGUCAAGCACUAAAACUUUUAGAUAUACACGGAGUUCCGAGACAUAAUAUUUUAUGGAGCAUAAAUGAUCGCCUUAUGGAUGCUAUUAAGGCUAGAGUUGACUCGAAACCUGAUGAUUGCGAUCAGAAAAAAUGCCAAAAGCUGUGGCAGAAGCUUAUCAAGACGGGGAUAGUGUAUAUCCAUCACCCAUACAUGCGUUCAUUAAUCAUGCAGGUUCUUGGAAAAAUGAAUUCGAUUAAAGAAAGACAUGUCAACUUAAUUGUUGAUAACAAAUAUUUAUAUGAUGAUGCCCCUCUACCGGUCUUACGUCAUAUUUGGGUUGCUCAUCCUCACAAGUUUCAAGAAGAAUUAGAUAAAGUUGUGGCAACAUUUCAAUCUACAUGGUCCACCGCUAUUUUGGAUGCUCUUUCAAUGUCUAUCAUGUCCACUGCAUCGACAACAGCUGAUCUUGUCCCGAUUCUUUAUUGGCCACCUCGUCGUCGUAGACGUGAUCCUUCAAUUGUACGAAUUGUUGAAAUGAUUGGAGAAGGACAAGUUUUGUAUGAUAAGACUAUUAGUAUACUUCGAGAUCAAUGUAUAAAAUGUGAAAAAGCAGCUUAUUCACUUAUGGAACAACAAAUCAAAUCGACAACUGUUAAUAAUAAUUCAUCUGAAGAAAUAAUCGAUGAACAACCACCAGCUAAACGAAGUAGACAACGUUUGUCAAGUAAAGAAAAAUCUUCAGAUAUUAUACAAACACCAAUGAAUCAAUCUAUUCCAUAUAUUCCAUUAGCUUUUAUGCCUAAUCAACCGUCAGUUGCUUCAGCCACUUUAUGUACAUUACGUUUUGAUUUGUUGAUGAGUUUGAAUGAAGCAAAAAUCGAUCGAUUAUGUGUUCCUGAUAGAAUUCAUCGGUUUGUUUGGUGCUUAGAUGCAUGUGUUCGUAAUCGUCGAAUUGAUCAAAGACAUGCCAGUGAAUUAGCUUAUCAUUUGCAAUUACAACGUCGCCGUUGGGCUAAAGAAACAGCCGAUGAAAGUCAUGAAUCACAUGAAGAAGAAUCUGACGGAAACACCAAUGGUGAACUAUUUAAACGUGGGCAUUCUGGUUCUUCUUCUUCUCGAAGUAAACAUUCUAAAAGUGGGAAAAUCAAUCGUAAACAAUCUCCUACAAAUGCAGAAAAGCAUUGCAAUUCAGAAGAUGUAGAAAAGAUAUCCGAUGUAAACUUGUUAGAAAAAGAUAUGCAUAUGGCUUGUCGAGAUCCAUGGGUUGUAUACACUAUUUGUACAUCAUUAAUUCGUUAUGUACUUAAUGGACUUUAUGAAGAUAAAUUGCCUCGUGAUAUACCAGAAGUACACUUACUUGUACAUUUAUUAGUACUUGGCUUAGGCGAUGAUUUAAUUCCGAAUUCUUGUUUACAAUUAAAAACUAAAGAAAAUUUUGGAUCUAAACGUUCUGCUACUUCUACUUCUACUUCUACUACAUCGUCAUCAUCAUCCUUGUUAUCAGAUAAUGAAGAGUCUAUAUUGAAUUGUCCAUCAAAAGCAUUAAUUAGUUAUAUUCUACCAGCUAUUGCACAAUUACAAGUAUUAACAUGGAGAGCACAAGUAGCUGAAGAAAUUUUAACAUCAAGUAAUAAUUUAUGGCCUAGUACAAAUUUAGAAAAUACUACUGCAAGUAAUAAUAAUAAUAAUAAUAGUAAUAACAGUACUAGUGGAUCAACAAUAUCUAAUAAUAAUCAGGCAAAUCAACGAUCAACAUUGCAUGAAUCCAGAGAAUCCACUAAUUCAUCAUCAUCCUCAUUGCCAACAUCACCACCAUUGGUUUGGCAAAAACGUAUUAAAGAUGCUACUCAAUGUGUCAAUAUCACUGUUCCAUCAGGUUAUUUAGCUCAUCCAAUUGGUUAUUUAAUGUUACAAUAUCAUUGUUUAUUUUGUUUAGAACGUAAUGAAUUAGCUACAUUACGUGCAUUAUUAAAAUUAGCUGUAACACUUGCACAAUCUCGUACAAAUCGUCCUAGUCAUCAUCAUCCUAAUAAAUCAACAGCUAUAUCGCCUCAACCAGUGACACCAACAAAAAUGCCAAAUUCUGAUUUAUUCAUUAAUCAUAAAUUCGGUCUAUCUGUUGUUUUCCGUUGGCGUCCAGAAGUUUUACAAGCUUUAGUUUUAGGAAUUUCACGUUUACCACAAUCUGCACCGGCUUUUGUCAAUAUUAAUCGAAAUACACAUGUUACAGAAGGUUCUGUUGAAUUGUCUUUAAAUGACAACACUAACCAAUCAGAUUCUGAUAAUAAUUCGUCGAAUACAUCAUCAUUAAUUCGUAAUAAUUCAAUGAUAUCAAAUGUGAUUUCUAACAAUGAAUUAGGAAAUAAUAUAAUGAAUUCUACCAGUCAAAAUAUUAAUUCAGAAUCACAUUCUAAUACAACCGGUUCAAUUGUUACUCGUGCUAAUCUAGCUGGUCUACUUAGAUCUAGUUUACCUUUAAUUAAUGAUGUACAAUUAUUAGCUCUUGCACAAGUUGCAUUACUUGUACCUGGACCAACUACUACUACUACUAACAGUAGUAGCAGUGGUAGUAGUAGUAGUAGUGGUACUAAUUUAGGAACUGGCAGUAACAGUAGCAAUGUAUCAUCUAUGCAUUGUUCAUCAUCUAACAAUCAUAAUAAUACUAAUAAUACUACAGAUAUUGGCAGUAUCAAUGAACCUGUUUCACCUGCACCUAUAUUAAGUGAACGUGAAAGACUUGUCAAUACAUUGGCUAGACAUUGUAAUAUUACAUCGAUUAGUGGUGGUGGUGGCAAUACUGCUGCUGCCAUAUCAUCAUCAUCAUCAACUGUGGAUUCUAAUUUAUUAUUUGAAUCAAGUACACAACAAUCCAGUAGUGGUAGUACAGUAGUCGGUUCAAGUGGAACUUAUAAAUCAUCAAAUCCACGUGUUUUAGCUGCUUUAGAUGUUCUUCGUAAAGAUAUUGAAAAAUGUCAUAAUUCACUUGCAUCACCGUUAACACCGACAAAUUUAGUUGGCAUAAAAACUGGAUCUAGUGGUUAUAGUUCAUCAUCAUCAUCAGCAAAUCUUGUAACAAAUUUUACUGGUUUUCAAAUGCCAGAUUUAUGGGUUGCUCCAUCACCUCGUAGUCCUAUAUCAAGUAAUAAAUAUUCACGUUUUGGUGUAGACUCAUUACAAUCAUCGAGUGGUAGCGGUAGUUGUAGUAGUAAUAGUAGUAGUAUCAAUAGUAGUACAUCACUAACUGGUUCCAACUUAUCAUCAUCAUCAUCAUCAUGUUACUCAUCAUCGUAUGGUUUGCAUUUGCCUAUUGGAACACCUCUUACUAAUCCAGGUUUAAUGGGAUCUACAACACCUCAUUUAAGUAAUCUACAUAUUGGACAAGGUCAAAUGCCAAGUCUACGUAAACCAUCAGCGCCUACUACUUCGACUGGUCAAUUAUCAUCAUCAUCAAGUGAAUUCCGUACGCCUCUAUCGCCUAAUCCUAUUCAUCAUCAUCAUCAAAGGAAUAAGUUUGGCCCUGAUACAUUUUAUGCUUCAUGUCCAUCUCCGGCUGUACAUCGAUCGGGAGCUUCUCAUGAUAAUAGUAAUAAUAUGAUUAUUCCUAGAUCUCCUUCACCACCAGCGUAA